GUUACAGGCCCAAAAAACUGGACAGGUACCUGCAAAUCUGGAAAGAAACAAUCGCCCAUCAACAUAAAAAUGUCUGACACUAAGUAUGAGAAGAUGACCGAUUUCACACUCACGAAUUACGAUCGACCCUCCUCUCUGAAUCUCACGUUCACGGCUACAAACAACGGUAAAAUUGGAACAGUUGUAUUUAAAGUCCCUCCGAAUAUCUACAACGUUAGUGGCGGAGGACUGAAAGGUGUUUUCACCACCGUUCAGUUCCACUUUCACUGGGGGUCAAAUGAUUCAAUAGGAUCAGAACACACUUUGGACGGGAAAGCGUUCGCUGCUGAGGUACGUAAAUAAAGAACGUACUCCGUCUGUACAAAUGUGCACAUUAACCUCAACGGAGUGUGAGCGCGGAAAGAAAGGGACUAGGAGUGGUUGGUGAGCUGGCUUCUCGUCGUUAUGGGCUAGCGUCUAAUUCACAAGCGAUUCUUCUCAGGGCAUCCAAAAAUGAGCCUAGGACUAAAUGCUCUACUCCAACUAGAACACUGGGUACCAUGUUGUUUUAUGACUCUGCAUGAAAUUUUAAACGUACUUCGUUACAUGUACACCACGAUCCUUUAGAUGCGAGAAAAAAACCUUUAAAAUUUAAUUUCCAGACUUCAGAGGAAGUUUUCCAAACUUAAAGAAAGCCACAGCUCGUAAAAUGUUAAUCUUUGGUCUUUCCUUAAAGUCCUUGAAACAAACGUAAAAAUAAAUUUACAAAAAGGAAAGGUUCACUACAAAGAAAAUUUUAAAUUUACUUUUCCAAGUAAGAGCAGAGUCCAAUAGCGCUUGACUUAGCUGAUCCGACGUGCAAUUAAAAAAAAUUGGGUAACCCCGCUUGAAAGCUUGGAUAACUAAAAUUAUUUUCAAAAUUGAUUGACUUGAAGUUUUCGUUUUGCUUGAAAAGUUGCAUUUCGUCAGUUACAACACCAAGUACUCAGAAUUUAAGGAUGCAAAAAACAAAUCAGACGGGCUUGCCGUGCUUGGAGUGUUCAUCGAGGUAUGGCAAAAAUACUUGUCACUUCAUUUGAAUGUACCUAAAUGCAUAACAAUAAAACGUGAUCUAUUUCUAUCAUGUCUUGUUCCAGGUUGGCGAUAGAAAAAAUCAGGCAUUUUCAUUUUUAGAUGAGUAUCUCGGUGAACUCGUGAACAGCAGUACGUAUACCAGUCUCUUGUACAUUUGUUUGUUUCUUUGUCCACCGAAAAACUGACCGGUGGAGGUCAUUACCCACAACUUUCACCGACAUUGAGGCGAACAAUUACUUUUGUUUACAUCAAACUUCAGUCAAUAUACCGAAAAAUGGUCGGAAAUUCAACUCUUAACGUGUGACUUUGUUUCAUAUCGGCUACUCGGAGGUGAAUAGAACUUGCUUAUGACUUCCCAACCAGCCAAUCACCUGUGUGAUGUAAACUAAAAGCGUUUGAUCAGGUACAAGCUGCUGGUAAGCAACGUCUGAAACCUCUUAACUCCCACAUGAAGAAGUCAGGGAGACUAACAAAGGGCGGGGGUUGUCUGAGGCAUUUGAGCCCCUUCUUUGUAUAGAGAUAUGGAUAAUUUAGAGCAACGAAACAACCCAGCAUGCAUUGUAAUGCCAGUACAAUGCUAGUGUAGGGCCCUUCGACAGAGAAAUCUUGGUUAUCGUAAGCCCCCCCUGUACAGUGAUAGUCAAGUCAAUCUCAAUCAAGUUUGUCAUUAUUCUUCCCAUUUAGAAUUUUGAUAUCCAAGGCAAUCUUUUACCCGCUGUGGGGGAGGGAGAACAAGUAAUAGGAGAACAAACAACUUACUUAUCUUUCACGCUAAUUUAUUCACAAAGAUAUGCUUCUCUAAUUGCCUGACGUGACUUACGUUACUCUCACAGGCUCGUUAGUAAGUAACAUUACUACGUUUGCUCUGGCACCUAUGUUGCCUUGGACCACACUUCAUAAGUUCUUCCGGUAUCAUGGUUCCUUAACAAUUCCUGGUUGUGACGAGAGUGUCACUUGGACACUUUUCAACGACUUCGUGCAGAUCUCACAUGAACAGGUAACAAAGAGAGGUCUUCUAAUCCAAUAUGACUGAAUUUAGAACACAGCCCACAUUGUCUAAACAUAUAAGUUGGAAAACUUAGGAUGGCUUUAGCUUCGCACAAGCAAAUAAAAUGAAAGAUUCAGUUUCUCGGUUAAUAAAAUCACUAUUUGUCUGAGCUAACAGCUUAUCAAAUAAAUAUUGAAUUGGCGUAAUAAUUAUGUUCUUCGUUGCAGAUACAGUAUUUACGCAAACCUCACAUACGCAUCAGGCAAGAAAAUGGUUAACAAUUAUCGUCCAGUACAGCCGCUCAACACAAGAACCUUGAAGAACAGUUUUCUACAUCCCUCUUGCCCACUGCUAACCUCUACCAGCAACAUC